AUGAGUGGAACAGAGGUACCUCCAAUAGGAGCUACCCAUACCGACCCGAGAGUGGAUGGCAUUUUGGAGGAGUUGACCCAAGUGGGGGAACCGAUGGCUCAGCAGGCGCAGCAACAAGUUGCAGUCAAUGCCGAUGGGGGUGAACGUCGUACCCAAGGACUAGUGGAACAAUUUCUGAAGUUGAAACCUUCCAAGUUCAUAGGAACUGGAAAGCCUGAAGAGGCGGAACGAUGGAUCAACGAAAUGGAGAAGAUAUUUAGGCUGUUGAAUUGUACUGAUAUAGAUAAGAUGACACCGGCAAAGUAUCGGAUGGACGGAAAUGCUAUGUAUUGGUGGCAAGCGAUGAAGGACGCGGUAUUCCCCGCAAGAGCAGAGAUUGACCGGGAAAUUUUUGUUAUCGCUUUCUAUGAGAAGUAUUUCUUGAGUUGCACAAGAGAUAGAAAACCGACAAAGUUUGUGGAACUAAAGCAAGGUAAUAAGACCGUGGUUGAAUAUGAGGCGAAGUUUUCUGAAUUGUCAAGGUUUGCUCCUCGCCUAGUCGAGCAUGUUGAGGAUAAGGCGAAGAGGUUUUUGAAAGGCCUAAGGUCGGAGAUACGAAAGCAAUUGGCACCGUUCGGGCCAAUGACCUAUUGA